UCGGUACGCAAAAAGAAUGAUCUCUAUUCUGAAUUUAAAGUGUGAAAACUGCUAGUUGUUUGUUUUCUUUUUAUUUAGAGCCAAGAAAAAGUCAAGACCAAAAAAACAUACACUGCUCUUGCUAACAUUCAUCAAACAUCAGCAUAUCCACAAUGGGUGAUAGUAACCUGGGUUUAAAACUUUAAUUUAUGGCUACCAUGACCAGGUUUUCCCAGUCCUUUCUUUCUUCAUGUUCACAUCCACCGAUUCCUCCAAAAAGAAAUUUCUUGAAACCACAAGGCUCGAACGAGAAAAGCGGGAAAAGGAUCGAGUGGAAAAGUUAGAGUUAGAGAAAAAGAAUGCAGCUGCACAAGUAAUUCAGCAAUGGUGGAAAAGAAGAGACAGAGUUAAACAAGCCAAAAUAGAAUCUUGGGCUUGGUGGGAUGUCCAUUGUAAAACAGAAUUAGAUAUUAUAGACUUUUUACAACUUGUUGGACUCUACUGUUUUUUAACCCGCCACACACAACCUGACAAAACUCGCCUAAAAUGUCUUGUGAAAUACUUCACGAACAACAAAUUCGGCAAGACAAAAAUACCUUUUUAUACGUUACUGAUCGAUAUGAGAUACAUGAGUCGGGCGCGGAUUUACUUAGAACAGGUCAUUAUGCAAUGUAUUCAGACAUGCACCUGCUCCAAUGAUACGACCAUGUUUGGACCUGAAUUGACCUUUCUGCUCCAAUACCUCAACCCAAAAACAUACCAAACAAAGCAUAUAUACGACCCUUAUCAUGUCAUUGAUAUACCGGAUAAGAUCCUAUCCAGUACUGCUCAAACCGUUUUAAAAAAUACCCUCUGUCAGUUUAACUUGCGUGAUGCAUUGACCCUUUGUGUACAGCAAAUUAUCAAAUUAGAAGACAGAUCAUUUAAACUAUCUCCGCAGGACAUAGCCCGUGUCAAGGCAAUGAAGUUAUGGUUAACUACCAUAACUAGGUUAACUCUUUACCCAAUUGAACAUGCUGGUUUGUCUUGUGAUGCAUUAGAUAUGGCAACCGCUUCUAGAUUUCUUUGGACCAAUACCAUGGCGGUACCUAAUAUCACUGCAUUAAUCAAUGACGCGAUGGCUGAUAGGCUUCGUCAAUGGGCGCUGAAUGCUAUCGUUCUCUUUCUUCAACAAUCAGAUUCCGUAACACAAGAGUUGAGCGGGAAUGGGUUCUUAUUUCUGCUGGCUAAUGUGAUUGAACUUUGGAACAAUAGUAAAAAUACAUUGAGGGCUGAGCAAGAAAUGCAACUGGUAGAAUUAACGACCUCCCUACUAAAUUAUAUCGAACCGUACUUCUCGGAUAGACAGACGCCCUCAUAUCCAUACUACCAUCCAAUUUUUAAAUGGUCUAAAGCAGUUUGGGGGAAUACGUUGCCUUCGCUUGUUUUUGACAAAGUGAUGAAACAGAUGGAGUAUAUUUGGUCAAGAGCUUUUAUGGAUCAAGUCUUUGCGGACAUUAUCCUGUUCGAACAACAACGAGUAAAAAAGAAUUUAUUCAAAAGAGGAGGGAAUGAUCUUGCCUUGUUUUCCAUUGAAGUCGAAUCGAUUUUCUCCAUGUAUAUUCAAUUAACAAGAAUAUUUAAAGCACACAGAAAAGUCAUAUUUUACCGUAUUGCCUUCACUACGCAAUUGAUGCCUCAACUUUGGAAACUCAUGAAUCAGUUUGGCCCUAAAGGAAGUAUGGUCAUCUAUCUAGAUGCUGCCAAACGGAAAGAUAUAGAUAAGGAACCUCUCGUACAAAUCCUAAAAGUUUUUUGUGAAGCAUGCUCAAUUGUGUUUUUAACACUAGAUGAUGUAGAUAUUUUUACUCGUCAAAAGCCUUUCUCUCCCAAUGACUUGAUACAAAUCAGCUCAUUUCUUAAUACAUUCUACUUUUCGUUGAUCCAGCAGCAGACAGACAUACCAACUGAACUUCCACCUUCCGCUGACUCUUUUAAAUCCGCUAGACGUUUGCUGCUACAAAUUUAUGAUUUAGACUUACACCAUCCAUUCUGCCCACCAAACCAUUGGUUGCUAAUAUCCAUGUCCAAAGGUAUGAAAUCCUUCUUUUCUUCCAUAUUUAGCGAAGCGAGCAAUGGUUCAGCAUCAUUGUUCUUAUCCAAUCUGAAACAAGGUGAUCCAGUGCCACUUCGUAUCCUGCAAUUAAUGCCUCAUACUGUAUCAUUUGACAUGCGGCUCAAGAUCUUUCGUGAUUGGGUAGCGUUGGAUAGAUCCACCAUCAUUAACAAGAACAAUGGAAAGGUGGUCACGGUCAGAAGAGGUCAGGUGUUGGAAGAUGGGUUUCAUGGAUUAUCGGGUUUGGCCCCUUCAGCAUGGAAAGGAAAUAUUCGUGUCGCAUUUGUAAAUGAAUUGGGUGUAGGAGAAGCUGGUAUUGAUCAAGGUGGCCCAUUUAAAGAUUUCCUUACAAUGAUGAUAUCAGAGGCUUUUGAACCCAAUUAUGGAUUGUUUACAUCCACCAAAUUAAAUAGUUUCUAUCCAAGUGCAACAUCAAGUGUUCAUGGUCGUAACCAUAUCCAAUUAUUUGAAUUUAUUGGAAAGGUAAGAAAUCAAGUAAGGUGAGGCGUGAUCAUUCUGGUCUGAAUUGACGACAUGAAACGUGCUUCUUUCUUGUAGGCCAUUGGAAAAGCAUUAUAUGAAGGAAUUUUGUUGGAUGUCAAGUUUGCAGGAUUUUUGUUAGCCAGAUUAUUAGGGCGUAAUGUAUUUUUGGAAGAGCUCAAAGAAUUGGAUGAAGAAGUUUGGAGAAAUUUGACAUUUAUCAAGCACUAUGAAGGAGAUGUAGAGGAGCUUGGGUUAUCAUUCGAAGCGGAUGAGAAUAUUUUUGGAAAAAUUGAGUCUCACGAGCUGAAAUAUAGAGGGAAACA